AUGAGGUUAUUGCCUUUGUUUCUCUUCCUGGGCUCGACCCUGCUAUCCGGGGUGCAAGUAGCAGCGAAGGAAGAGAAGGAUGACAAAGCGAGCACCUACUUCAAUUCCAUGAAGGUGCCUCCAAUACUCGAGUUGACACCAGAUACCUUCGACAAGGAGGUGAAAGCCCACCAGUUUAUGCUUAUCAAGAAUUACAGCCCCUACUGCCCUCAUUGCAUAGAUUAUGCGCCGAAAUUCCAGACCCUAUACGAGUUCUACUACACUUCGAAGCCCAACUCAAAGGAGGACGAGUCCUUCACCGAUUUCUACGACUUCCGUUUCGCCUCAGUAAACUGUGUGGCCUACUCUGAUCUCUGCGCAGCCCACAAAAUCCAGUCGUACCCCAGCACCGUUCUCUACAAGAAUGGCGAGGUGGCUGAGACGAUCAAGGGCGUCAAGGAGAUCGAUCAAGUCAGCCCCAUCAUCGAAAAGUACCUGGAAGCGGCCAAGCCCGGAACGAGACCCAGCAAGAUCGAGCUGCCCGCGGCUGGUGAAAAACACUCCCCCGACAAGGCGCCUGGCAAGACGGCCGACUCCAAGAAACCCGCAGACGAUGAGGGCCCCCCCAAGGCCCCUCCUGCGAAGGAGGAUACCAAGCCUGCCGACAAGACGGAUGCAAAGGCCGACGCAAAGGCUAGCACCACCGGAAAGGCACUUGCCACCCCCACCAAGCCUGCGACGAAGAAGCCUACCGUUACUCCCAACAAGGACGGCAUCUCUGUGCCUCUUACCGCUGAGAAGUUUCAGACUUUGGUGACCAUGACCCAGGAGCCCUGGUUUAUCAAGUUCUACGCGCCGUGGUGUCAUCACUGCCAGGCCAUGGCACCUAACUGGCAGCAAAUGGCCAAGGAGAUGAAGGGCCGAUUGAAUGUUGGAGAGGUCAACUGCGAUGUCGAGACUAGACUUUGCAAGGACGCCCGCCUCCGCGGCUACCCUACCAUUCUCUUCUUCAAGGGUGGCGAGCGCGUCGAGUAUGAGGGUCUGAGGGGCCUCGGCGACUUCCUUCACUACGCCGAGAAGGCGAUCGACAUCAGCGAAGGAGUUCAGGAUGUUGACGCCGAAUCCCUGGCAGCCCUUGAGGAGAAGGAGGAAGUCAUCUUCAUCUACUUCUACGACCAUGCUACUACCAGCGAGGACUUCAUGGCUCUCGAGCGUCUCCCCCUCAGCCUGAUUGGCAAGGCGAAGCUUGUCAAGACCAAGGAUCCCGUCUUGUACUCUCGCUACAAGAUCACCACCUGGCCCCGCUUGCUCGUUUCGAGGGAGGGCCGCCCCACGUAUUACCAGCCGCUGACACCCAAGGAGAUGCGCGAUGUCCACCAAGUUUUGAACUGGAUGAAGUCGGUCUGGCUACCCAUCAUUCCCGAGUUGACUGCCUCCAAUGCGCGGGAGAUCAUGGACGGCAAAAUUGUUGUUCUCGGAAUCAUCAACCGGGAAGACUCGGAGGGUUUCAUGAGGGCUAAGCACGAGUUGAAGAGUGCCGCCAACGAGUGGAUGGACAAGCAGAUUCUGCUCUUCCAACACGAACGGCAAGAACUACGUGACGCGAAGCAGCUCCGUAUUGACGAGGCUGAAGAUCGCGGCGACCAACGCGCCCUGCGCGCAGCCAAGGCAACCCGCAUCAACAUGGACAGGUCGGACAGGAAACAGGUUGCCUUUGCCUGGGUGGACAGUGUCUUCUGGCAGAGAUGGGUCCGCACCACGUUCGGCAUUGACACCAAAGACGGAGACCGUGUUAUCAUCAACGACGAAGACAACCGCCGCUACUGGGACACGACCAUCACUGGUAACAACAUACUUUUGUCUCGGACCUCGAUUUUGGAGACCAUCAGCAAGGUCGUCACCUCGCCGCCCAAGAUCAAGCCCAAGCUCACCAUCUCGAGCUUCGAGAAGAUCUUCUUUGAUAUGCGCGUUACCUUUGUUGAGCACCCCUACCUGACCUUGGGCUGCAUUCUCGGCCUCGCCUUUGGUGCCUUCUCAUGGUUCCGCAGCCGCUCUCGCCGGGGUCGUGGUGGACACUUCCGCUUGGAGGAGUCCUGGGGCAACAAGGAGCUGAUGAAAGAGGGUCUGUUGGGCCCUAGCGGCAACGGCAAGGUGGAUUAG